ACUUAGCAGACGAUAAUGUCGUCUCUUCCGUGAUACACUGAUAGAGUUGGUCAGCGGUGUAAUCUGGAAACAUUUCCAUUGCCAAAAUCAAGUAGUGUAAUAAAAAAACGUGUAAGAAUUUGUUGAAUUUGUAAGAAUGGCUACUAUAGAAGAAAUUGACGAUCUCAGUGUCGAGAUUAUUAAUAGUAUCAACGAUGAAGAAGAAGAACCCAAAGAAAACGCGUCUAGUCCGGCACGUGCCCCUGAACGACCAAACUCUGAAUCGGCUGAUGCCUCUGUCGUUGCCUUGUCGUCAUCAAAAGCAUUAGACGAAGCAGACUCAGACGACGAAGAUGAUGAUGAUUUUGAUGAAACAGUACUCGAAAGAUUGGUUGGUCUGACAGAAAUGUUUCCAACAUGUUUACAGGUUGCAACUGCUAAACUCUUUUAUGGUACAUUUUCAUCUGCUAAAGGUUUUUAUUCCUUUGCUCGUUCUGCUUCAUGGGUUAUAUUCAGCACAUCUGCAAUCCUCUUUGCUCCAAUUAUAUUUGAAGUUGAAAGAGCACAAAUGGAAGAAAUGCAGAAACAACAGCAACGACAGAUAUUGUUGGGCCCUGGUGCUGCCAUGUCAGGAGGCAGUCCUCAUCCUGGAAUGGCACCAGUUCCAUCACCUAUCCGUUAAGAUCUCGUCAGAUUCUUCGUUCGCCGUAGUCUUUUUUUAUGUAACUGGCUUGAUAAAUUACAACUAAUGACAUUUAAAAAAUUUA